GCAGCUCAGACACGUGUAUCAUUUGUAUGUAGUGUAUUGCCAUAAAAGAUAACAUUUUUUAACGUUAUCACAUAUUUUCUAUCAUUCUAUAUACGCACGUGAGUGCUAGUCAUAGUUCUGAAGAAACAACAAAAGUGCAUAAAAGCAUUUAUUCGUAAAACUAACGUUCUAAAUAGUACCCAAGUUGGUGGAGGGAUAUGACCCAUCAAACAGUAUUCAAAAAUGUCAACAAAUGUGGAUUAUUUACAGCUGGAAAAAUUAAUUACUUGCGAAUUGUGGUAUACUGCACAUGUGGUUCAUAGAACAAAAAGUAAAAAUGAUAUUUCUAAUGAUAAUAAUAUAGCUAAGUUAUGUUUAUUGAUAUCUUGCUUUAACUAUUCAAAGAGAAGUUCAUGGAUUAUUCAUAAAUUAUUGGCUAUGUUGACUAAUAAUGAAGUUAAGGAAGGUUUAUUGAAUUUAAUUCAAUUCGAGAAAGCUAUACAUUUAAUUGAUAGAAAUGUCACUGAAUCAGUAGAGCAGGAAUUGCUCAAACUCUAUGAAGCAGUCACUACUGUAAAGGAAGAGUCUGAUGAAUUGUCAAUAAAUCUAAGCGAGUCAACUUUAAAAUUUUUAGAAAAUAAUUUUGAACAAAGUCCAGCCUUAGUUCACUGGAUAAUUGAUCAAUUACUUUGUAUCUGGUCACCAAAAUUUGCAAAAACUGAUUCAGAUCUCCAGGAUCUUUAUAAAAAUGCCAUAAUUUCACUACUCCAAAAUGUAUCAUCAUCUACGUCACCUAGUAAAGAUUGUCAAACACGUAUCUUAUUUCCAAUUGACGUCAAUGUGCCAUUAGGAAGUUUAUUAUGCAUUUUGUCUAAGUUUGACAUCACAGAAGCAAAGGAAAAAGAAUUAACCUCAUGGCUUUGGCCAGCAUUAUUAACGAUCGAUAAAUUCGAAGAUAUAGCACUUGCUCUUUAUUCUCGAAAGAAUCUGCAUUGUUUUAAAAUGUGGCAUGAAUUUCUCGAUGAUAUUAACUCACGUAAUAAAUCAGCUGACAAUUUGAAUAAUGCACUGAGCAUUCGCUCAGCAAUUUUUGAUAUACAAGACUCUCGUUUACAUUUAAACUCUUAUGAAAUAUUAACUAGGAUGUUGAAAAAUAAAUCUCACUGGUUAUCAGAUACAUUAGACAUUUGCUAUACAUUAACGAUCAAUGAUCGUUUAGAUGAUGUUGCUAAAACUUUGGAUAAUCCAUGGUUUGAUGGAUUAUGGUUGCCGUUACUAUUCAAAUGCCUCAAGAAUUGCUUAGAUUUAAAAUAUAUUACCUCAAGUGAUGUGUGGAAAAAGAGUUCAACGAUUUCUUCAUCAUUGAGAUUUAUUUUAGAACAUUGCAAGUUUGAAUCAAGAGAGGAUCCUGUAAUGAUGAAAGUAAAAGAUACUUUGGAGAGUCAUUUAAAUGCCUGGGAUUGGAUUAUAAAGUCAAGAAAUUCAUUAGAAAAUAAAUUAGAACAAUCGAUUAAUCAACAUUUAAACCCUAUACAGGUUUUUCAUCAUCUCCAAGAACAUUCGAUUCUGUCUACAAUUAAAACCAUGGUGCCAGAUAUUCAUAAUAUACCAUUUGAGGAAAUAUUUCCUUUGUUAAAAGACUCUGAUAAUUCUAGAAAAACUUAUCAAGCUUACACUGCAUUAUUAUCGGCUCUCAAAGCCAUUUUACUCUGUAAUUGUUAUAAUACCAAAUUCGAGUGCGUUACUGCAAAUUUUAAUGAUAUGGAAAAAUAUAUUAAUAAUUUAUAUCCAAUUAAUUUACGUCUGGAAGUGCUGGAGAACAUUUUUUCAAUGAUAUUUCUACGUUAUGAACAUUUUUCUGCUAACGAAAAUACUGCCGAUUGUGAUGCAGAUGAUGAAGAUACGAGCAAUCAAAAACUCCCGUCGUCAUUACAAAAAAAUUCAGGUCAAUAUCACACUGGUUUUGUCUGCAAUAAAUAUGCCAUUCGAGAAAUUCUACACCAUCUCAAGAGAUGUAUCUUCAUAGUGGAUGAUGAAUACAAAAAAUUCAAAGCUGAUUCAGAUACUGCUGAGGAUCUUGAUCCACUUCAGCAGAAAAUCGUAGCUUUAAAAACAUACUGUAACGAAGCUACCUGGAGAUUAGAGUUGAUAAUAAGUCAAGAAUUUACGAAAAAACAAGGUUUACCUGAUGCAGAGCAAAAAAAUAAUGCUCAGUGUCUGAAAUCAAAUUAUUUUAUUUAUCAAAAAGUAGAAUCUAAUCUUUAUAAGGUCGACGACAGUUCAUCUAAUGAAGCAGAUUCUAGGUCAGAUAUUGAAAUAAGCUCUGAAAGCUCAAUGGGAAAUACGAAUGACAGUGGAAAGAGAAGAAAACGGUUGAAAACGAGUAAAUUUCAUGGCUCAUCAGAUAGCAAAGAUGGAAAGAAACCUAUGGAUUUAACUCUAAAUAAUAUGUUAUCAUCUAAAGAGACUUUGGUUUUACGAUGUCUAUGGAAAGACGAUUUUGUUGAAGCUCAACGUGUUAUUAAGACUUUUAACAUGGAAAAUAACCAUUUAGCUGGUGAAAUAUCGUUUUCUGAUGCUUUACGGAAAUUCAGACAAGAAAUAGGUAAGCAAAUAUCCUUCAAAUUGAACAAAAAAGAAGUGAAUAUGGAAUCGAAACAUUCCACUCUCGAUUUCAUUCGAAAAGCAGCUGAAGAUGGUAUUCAAACAACACGAAUAACGAGCCAAGUAGAAACAUUUCUAACUUCACAAGAACCUAAUAUCAUUCUUAGUUCUAAUUCUAGUAAUACUAAAGAUAUUUUAACACUGGUGAUAGUCGACUUAGCUCUAACUAUGGGUCAUGAUAAUCCAACAUCAGAAAAUUUAUCAGAAAUUGCGAUUAAACAUUUAAAAUCGAACAAAAAAUUACUCAACACGCAGUAUCAUAAAUUUUUCGAAACUAUCUAUCAGUUGUUUUAUGAAAAAAAGAACAGUUCUAUUUAUGAAAUUCUAUGUGAUGCUCGAAUUCCACUUUCUCUGAAGGAAUAUCGUGAUCAGAAUGAAUAUUGGAAUAAUUUCCAACAAAAAUUGAAACUUUUAGAAGAACAAUUUAAAUUCAUUGCUACUGUUGAUAAUAAAGAUAAUGAAGAAGAUACCAAAAUUAAUAUGGACGAAGUUUUAUCAAUUUGCAAUAAUGGAGAACUUUAUUUGCACAGACUAAAUGCACAUUUAGAUUUGAUACGAUCUAUCGCACCAUCAUUUGAAGAUAUGAAUACAACUACUCAGCUGAAGCCUUUCCUCUUGGAAAAUUCAAUUGAUUCUUAUAUAGGAUAUCAAAUUUUUGACAUGAACAUGGACUUAGAGUCAUUAGAAAUAAUUGCUAAUCAACUGCAAGUUAAUUUAGCAUACUGUAUAUUAUCUAACUGCUGUCCUAAGCUCUUAUGUGGAGGCAAUACCAAUAUGGAUCAAAGUAAAAACAACAGAUGGGGAAUAAUUGUUUUAAAUAAAUAUGACAAAAAUGAUUAUAUCACUGAUCACAUCAAUGAUCCAAAUCAAUUUGUUAUCGAUCUCGUAUCGGAAUUAAAUCAAGCUCUUCAAGAUUGUAUCUUGCAUUCUAUUCAUACUGACAUUGACCUAAAAGCGAUUUCUAAAAAUGAAAAUAUCACAAAUAUUCUAAAUAAAUCGUCGUAUUUGAUAAACUGUGAUUUAAGUUAUCUAUCUUGUGGUCGACAUACCCUAGUAUUUUUCCUCAAUGUCUGGAACUUGAUGAUGCUGCACACAAUUUUAGAAGUUUGGAGCAAAGACCCACCAAUAAAUGAUCUACAUCAUGCUGUGUCUUGCAGUACAAUCGGUUAUCUCAUUGGAGAUCUUGGUUUUGUUACUCUUUUCACUCUCAGAUCUAAAUUACUAGGCCAAUCGUUGUGUGAUUACGGAUCUCUAGGCUUUGAGUACUCUGAAGAACUCAACGAACCUGCCUGGCAAGAUUUAGAUCUCCAACAAGACCCAAGAGUGAUUUUUGCGAUGAUAAAUGAAUAUCAAAGAUCCCCUGUCAUGAAGAUAUAUCAGCUAGAUACUUUGAACGAAGAUUUAAACGUUGCUGCUCAUGAUUAUCUCUACCAUUACUGCAAUCAGAAUCGAGUGAAUACAAAUAUUCGUCCUAAACUCAUAGAAAAAUAUAAAGAACUUUUGAAUAAUGCUGAAGAUACUAAAUUAAAUUUAGAAAAUAAUUUAAAUGCUGAUGCAAAUAUUGAAUAUGAAUCUUUCCAAUAUUUAUAUGAUAUUAGAUGGAAAUAUUCAGAAGAAAAAACUGUUGGUGAUAAGUUUGAUGGAAAUGACUAUGGCAAUAGUUUAGUUAGAAGAAAUAGAAUAAUUAAAUCUAAUAUUUUACAGUAUUUAGAAGGCCACUGUUGGCUUUUGUCUUAUUUAAUUCAACGAAUUUACGAAGAAAAUCCUACGAUUCAUGACAGUAGCUAUGAUAAUCUAGACAGAAUGGCAAUACUAGAAAAUUUAUUCAAAUCUCCUUGGGCUGAAAAUUUAAAAUGUUUAUUUGGUGAUAAUUCUGUUAUCGCUGGAUUACAAAAUUUCUCUUCAACAUCAGAAUUAUGGCAAUACUUUGAAAUACUUAUGAAGAAUCAGCAAUAUGACAAAUGUUUAAUAAUUCUCAAUUCACUGCCUGAUUCACUGCUACUCGUCAAUGCUGAGAUUCAAAGCUUUAGAGAUAAAGUAUUGACUUGUUUAAUCUGUAAUGAAGAAACAUCAAGUACAAUGAAAGUUUUACAAUAUUUAUAUCAGAUAAAAGAUAUUCAUGUGCUCACUCAAAUUGUUUUAUCAAAAGUAAAAACAUGGCCAGCUCGAAUUUGUGAAAAAGCUUUAAGACAUAUUUUAAGUCAUGUUGAUUCUAAUGAUCUUCCAACGCAUUGCAGAUUAAAAAUGAGUGAAAUUCUAUGUAGAGUUUUAGUUUUUGAUAAGAUGCUAAUUUAUUGCAAGCUCGAGAAUGAUGCUGAGUUAAAUUGGUACAAUCUUGUUUAUAAAACUGAAAAAACUGAUCCAAUAAAAAUAAUUAAAUCUCUUAUUGAUGCUAAUCAGUAUGAAUUAUGUUUAGAAUGGAUGGAAUACCAAACUCCAUCUUUAGAAAUUCAAUCUUUAGUAUCAGAAGAUCUAUUUAUUGGUCUUUUAAAAAAUGAAAAAGACAAUUUUAAACAUGCUAGGAAGCUGUUGAUGGCACUUCCCGUUGGAUUGUUAAUAAAAUUAUGCAAAGGAGUUAUUGGAAGAUUGGAAUCCAUGAAUGCUUUGAAGUUUGUUAUUCAAUACUUAGUGGAAAAUUCGCCAACAGAACGUGAAAAGUAUCAAAAGACUUAUCUAGGUGUAGAAAUUCUAGAUCAAUUAGAUACAUGGGAUCGACCAUGGUAUAAUCAUCUGAUCAAUGAACCUCUUUUGAUAUUAGAACAGUUAUUGAUGAACUGUAAAUUUGAUAAUCUACAAAAGAUUCUUAUGAAUAGCUCGGAUCAUUUUAGUUUAGCCAAUUUUUCUGUUGAAGAUUUUGAUAAAAUAAUUAGGUUUUAUGCUCAAAAAUCGCUGGAUUUCAAAGGUGUCAAUGUGCAACGGGAUAUUGAAGGUAAAAUAAAAGACACUUCUUUGAAUAACAGUGGAGAAUUAACUGCUCCAAUAAAAAUACUGCCGAGAGAAGACUGGGUUCCUGAUGAACAAGCUAAGGAAUGUAGUUGCUGUAAAACUGUCAUUUUUUCUAUGUUCAAUAGAAGGCAUCAUUGCAGAAGAUGUGGAAGAGUAGUUUGUGCUUCCUGUUCAGCACAAAAAAUGAAAAUUCCCGUUAAUGAUCAUUCAAUUUUCGUCCGAGUUUGUAAUGAUUGUCAAAAUCAAGCUCAAGGAAUAUCGUCCAUUUCAACUAAUGAAUCUUUUGAAUAUUGGAAACUGACCAAUGAUUAUACUCAUAAUAAAAUAUUACGAGAAGAAUUUUGUUUUGAAUAUGCUCCAAAUAUUUCCCUUUGUUUGGCGAUAUUAAAUUUACAUUCAGACCACAAAAUCACUGCUAGUUUUUUGCUAGACCAAUGUGAAAUUAUGAAAGACUUACUGACACCUGAUAAAAAUGGCCGAGUAAAUUCCGAAGUCGAUCAUGAGUUGAUUAUACAAAUGAUUCGGACACUUUUAGUUGCUGCAAAGUUCAAGUAUGCUGAAUUAGGUCUAAAUAGUGGUUUGACUGAGUGUGAUAAAUUCCUUUCCCAAGUUGAUCUUAUUGCAACUCUAGUUAGAUCUGAUUGUUUAUCAUUGAUACCCAAGGAGCAUAUAAAUGAUCAUACAUUCAGAAGGUUGAGAGACUUAUUGACUGAGAAAGAACAAUGGAGAUUGGCCUUGGAUGUCAGCACCAAGUCUGGGCUUCAAACUCAAGGAGUUUGGGCAGCUUGGGGUAAAGCUUGUCUCAAAGUAGGAUAUUACGAAAGUGCACGAGAAAAAUUUGCUUACUGUUUGGACAAAGUUUAUCAAGAAGAUUGUGAAGUUUAUCAAGGCUGGAUUUUAUUGCCUCACUCUGAAGAUUUAAGUCGAAGCCUAGACAGCAGUCAAGAUGAUGAAAGUACGGAUAAAAAUAAGAAAAGAGAAAUGAAGAAAAAAACUAAAGAAACUUUGAAAAGUAGACCAAGUAAAGAUCCUCCUUUACUUCAAGAAAUCCUACAAAUCCUUGAAGUUUCCAAUUUUGAUGAUCAGUAUUCUCAACAAUCAGCAUCUCCAAAGAGUGCAGCUGCUCAAGAAAUAUUAAACACAUUGAAUAAUUUGAAAGCAAUAUCUCAGGGUCAAUAUACUACAUCUAAAUCUAACUCUACUUUACGAAACUUUCGGUAUCAAGAAAGCUUAUAUUAUUUAUUAAUGUAUGGAAGCUAUAAUUCAAUUUUAGAAUUUUUCGUACGAUAUGGAGAACUAGAGAAAUGUUUAUCCUAUAUCUUAAGAAAUGACAUAGAUGCAGAAUUAUUCUUCAAUGCAGUUUUUCUUGGUUGUCUAAAAAAUGGAAGCAUGACACAGCUUUUUGAUGAAAUGAAAGCAAAGGAUCCAACACUGUUGAUAUGGAAAAAAUAUCUUAUUUUCACCUGCCAUAACUUGGAGAAAAAACAGUUAUUAAAUACACUCUAUCAAUUACAGUUAUUCAUGAAGGAUUAUGUUAGAGCGGCAAUGACAUGUAUACGAUUUUAUGUAAUGGACGCUAGCAGUUAUGCUGACAUUUGUUUAAGAAACCAUUUUUUGCUAAACGCUCAGAAACAUUUGGAAGCUGAAUUAAAAGGAGAAAGCUUUGAGAAGUCUAGAAAAAAAAGUGUAAGUUCAUUAUCUCAUGGUGGACAAACAAGUCUGACGAUGGAGAUGGAGCCUUCAGAGAUUGAUAAACAUAUUAAUACAAUCUCAAGGCAAAUGGAGAUUGCAAAAUUCCUAGGAGCUUGCGAAAAAGAAGGCAGAUCUGUUAAUGAAUUAUUGAGUAGACUUUCAUUCAUGGACGGUGAAGGUCUACAACCUAGAAAUGUUCCAACUUUGUUUGGAAAUCAACAAGAGCGAACGUACUUGGCUGUUUUAGCUAUUCUGUGUGGAAUCAAUGUUGAAGAAGGAUUCGGAAUCGCAUUUAGAGUAAUGCAAGACUAUAAUUUACGAUUUCAGAAAGUUUGUUCUCUCGUGGGACAAAUUUUAGUUUAUGAUAAGAAAAUUCAUUCGAUAGAACAAUUGAUAAAAUGUUGUAGAAGUUCAGGUGCUCCAAACUCUAAUGUGAUAUCAGAUCGAGUUCUGACACAUUGUAUCAAGAAUUUAAUAAAUAGCUCAAAAAAUAAAGUUGAUUCUGUAUUUAAAGAUCAAAUAAAUCAUUUAAUUACACUGAUUACAGAUGUUGAGUUAAAAAUAGGUUGUUUUAUUGAAAGUAAACAAUUAAAGGCUGCGUAUCUUUUAGCUGUUAAAUAUUCACGAGCUCAGGACAUUCAAAAAAUAUUAAAAGAAGCUGAUAGUCUAGGUCAAGCUGCUAUUAAAUCCAUUUGUACCAAGUGGCUUCAACAAAAUUCAUAAUAAUUAUUUUUUAAUUGUAAAUAUUUAUCAAGCUUUACUACUGCAAUACUUUUAUUUUUAUUGGUAUUGAAAGUUAUGAUUAACAAAGAUAACACUUGAUGAAUUUCUUAACUUUCAAUUGUUGUUACAUAUAUAUAUUUAUUAUGUAAAUAAUAGUUAAAUAAUAAUAAUAAUUUAUAAACAAUAUUAUUACCGGCAUAUGGAACUGAUUAUCGUUUAAAAAGCUGUGAUAUUUAACACACGAAUAUAUUUACAUUAAUUGUAAAUAUGUAUAUAUUAUAUUACUAAAAUCCAUUGUAAUUAUUGUAUUGUCGAUAAAGAUCAAGUAUUUCAUUAAAUAGCGAUUAAUCUAUUCUGUAACUUUAUUAAAACAUAAUUAAAAAAGUUUUAAAAUUCUAUUAUUUCUCUUGGUUGAUGAAAAAUUCUUCGUACAAUUGAAUAUAAAUUUUUU